AUGUCCUUCCUCUUCUUCCACAACCAGCUCCAGGUUUCCCUCUUUUCAUUUCAGGCUUCUCAUUUGCAAUUGGGAGACAUGAUGGAAAACUCUCAUAUGCCAGUUGCUGCUAGAAGCUUGAUAUCUUUUGAUAAAUUGGUCAUAGCAACAAAUUUGCAAAAUUUCAGCUGUCUUGACCUCCCAAUAUGCAAAUCCCCCAAUUCUUUCACUUAUGACACCUCUCCCAGGUCCCCCUCUUACUUUCCACAAAAUCAGCAGCAAACGCCGUGCAAACAUCACUUGCAAUCAUUACCACAUCAAUCUCAGUUUCACCCAAAUCUCCAGAACAACCCAACUAUGCACCAAAGUCAGCAUGCAGCGCCUUAUUCGCAUAACCCUCAAAGUGGUCCCCCCUCACACCUACCUGAAAUUUCUCAUGCUCACCAACCAAUAUCAAUAUCUCAACACAUGACUUGCUUACAACAACUUUCUGGCGGCCAUGUCGGAGGACGCUUGCACAUGCUGCCAACAACUCCGGCAAAAUUCUGUGAUGAAUGUGGGGCUCCAUAUCUGAGGGAAACAUCUAAGUUCUGCUCCGAGUGUGGUUCAAAGAGGUUAGGAACAUAA